AAUUGUUGAGAUUCAAAACGGAAUUUGAUCACUGGUAUACUCAAUAUUUAUUUCGAUUACCAUAAACAACGUCAAUAUAUGUAUAUGCAUAUAUAUGCAAAACGAUCAAAAUAAUUUCUAAGGCAUAUAUAUCAGAGGCUACACACUACUUCAGAUUUCAGUUUAAUCAAGAAUGGAAGAUUUCGUUUCAUCUUUUGUCAGUCCGAAAAUAAGGAGUCAGGAACUGAAAAAAUCUUUUCCCAUAAACUAUACUUCGGUCAUUUUGUGGUCUGUGGUUUUCGCCCCUGUGAUUGCUGAUAUUGAAUGGAGAUAUGCUCUGAUAUCAUUGGCUAUAACGAUUGUGUUUACAGUGAUAGUUGUCUUAUUGGCUUUCAACCUGCCGCCAUUGAAUGGAAAGGGGUUCAUUUUCUUUGGUACUAUAUCAGGCCUCCUUGCAGUUUUGGCCAUCGUUGCGAGUAUUUCGGAUUCAUUGACCGGAAGAAAAAUUACUGUACUCUGCAUAUUAACAGCAGUUUCAACCGCAUUAGUUACACUCACCAACAAAAGGUGAUUGGUGGUGGCAGAAUGACAAUGAAAAUCAUUCAUUUUACCUGUCUUGAUGUGUUCUUAUUGCCUAAAUUGACACCUUAACGCAAGAGUUGUUGGAAGCAGAUUUGAACAGUGCGUGACGUUAAAAUCUCACUCAGAGGAUUGUUGAACUUAUUGUGGAAUUUGUAGACCUGAAUUAUGAAGAAAGUCAGGUUGGUGUAAUCUAGAGUGUAUAUGAAGGAUUGCCACUAAUUGUUAUUAAUCUUCAAUGAUUUUCAUGAAUGCAAUCAGACCAUGAGUAAAAAGAGUUUAGGCCACUACAAAAUGUUUCUAAAUCAAUGCUAG